AUGGGUAGACCCCGGUCAAUCUUCAACAUCAACACCAAAGAGGAAUAUUCACGGAAAGAAGAUUUAGAAUGGGCAAUCUGUUUAAAUCGCCUAAUGUUGAAAAUUAUCGGUUUGUGGCCGCCUGAUAACCGAGACUCCCGUGAGAUCGUAGGCUCGAAACUCCGAUUGCUGUACACAUUUAUCAUAUGGCUUUGCAUAUUGACGAUACCAGUUUUAGCAUCAUUAAUAAGGAUAUGGGGUGAUAUGAAAUUAAUGAUAGAUAAUUUGCAAUAUAGUCUACCUCUGUUAAUGACUAUGUGCAAAAUCUGCAUCAUAUGGUACAAACAAGAAGCUUUAGCACCUUUAAUUGAUAUGAUUAAAAACGAUUGGAUAAAGGCGAAAAUAAAAGUGGAGCGAGACGUUAUGCUGAUUUAUGCCGCGAUCACUCGUAGGAUUGCUAUAUGCGGAAUGUUCAUUAUGCUAUUGUCACUAAUAAUUAGCAUUGUUUUUCCAUGGUUUGGACUGACGGUCAGGCAAGUGACGAACCUGACAGACCCUGGAAAACCCUUACCUUUCCAAUCGUAUUACUUGCAUGACGUGUCCAAGAGUCCACAGUUUGAGUUAACGUUUCUGGCACAAGGAGUGGGGUCGAUUACAACGGCUAUCGCUUAUUCCGCGGUCGACAAUUUCCUCGGAUUAUUAGUUAUACACGUGUGCGGUCAACUAGAGAAUCUGCAUUUGCGAUUGGCACAUAUGGAAAAAUACCCAAACUUCGAUGCAGUUUUGAAAUAUAACGUUCAAGAUCACAUACGCUUGAUUAG